AUGAGAAUGAGCGGUCUGCCUGCCGUGAAGCGGCAGCAUCUCCUGGCCGAAUUCGCCGGUCUCAAGCAAGCAUGCCCCCAGGGUAUCUACGUCAGCCUCACGCCGGGCGACCCGAGCCUCUGGUCGGGCGUCAUCUUUGUGCGGAAAGCAGGCCCGUACGCCCCCGCCAUCCUGCGCUUCCAGAUCUCCUUCCCCGACACCUACCCGUCGCUGCCGCCGCUCGUGACCUUCUCGACCGACAUGUUCCACCCGCUGAUCACGCCGCUCACGACCUACAUGUACUCGACGGACGUGCAGGACGGCGGCACGGCGAGCGCCUUCGACGAGGAGCGCCUGCCGCCCGGCGGGUUUAGUCUGCGGCACGGCUUUCCCGGCUGGUUUGGUCGGGGCAGCAGGGCGAGGGAGGCAAGGGCCCUGGCGCAGGCCGUGGCUACGGCUACGGGUACGACUCCCGGCUCGGCCGCGUCGGGGACGUCGGGCGUUUCGUCCGCGUCUUUUUCUUCUUUUUCAACGGCGGGGUAUGCGCAGACAGGGAGGAAGGAGAUCUCCACUUACGAGGUGCUGCGGUACAUCCGGAGCACAUUUGACAACGAGGAUGUGUUGGAUUCGGUGCCGCUUGAGGCGGCGGGGAACCCUGGGGCGUGGCAUGCUUGGCGGACGCACCGGAGGCAGACGGCGGGGAAGGCUUUGCCGGCCCAGAGCGAGAACAAGGCCACGGAGGACAGUGCCCGGGCGGUGGCAGACCCUGGCACCGGUGCCGUGCCAGCUGCGACGAAGCGUCCUGAUGAAUGGAACUGGGAGGGAGUCUGGGAGGAGCGGGUGAAGAGGGGGAUCGCCGCGAGCCUGUCCGAGGGUGUGCUGUACGGGAAUGCCGGGACUGCAGAUGAAGUGAUUCACUUCCUAAGCAUGGAAGAUGCCGAAGUGGAGGGGACGAAGUCCAACCUGCUCCGGACGCUUGGCGCGACUGCCUAG